UUUAUUCAGGGGGGUUCUAGGCGACAUCAAGUCCAACUUUGCUCCAUAUCUUAAAGGAUCUGUUUUUGAAAUGAAUGUUAAGGCAUAAACAGAUGAUUCAGGUGAAGCAUAAGGUCUCAGGCAAUUCAUCCUAUCCUCAUGGAGGGAGUGCUGAAGGUUCAAGGUGAUGCCUGCUGAGCUGUGACCUCUCAGACAUGUGGUGUGUCGCAUGGGGCCUUGGAGUCGUGCUCCCCUUCCACCUGGGCCUGCUGAGCCUUGCUGCUGAGGCCCCUGACCCCUGCUAUGAUGCACAGCGCCAGCCUCGCUACUGCCUGCCCGAGCUGAUGGACCUGGCUGCAGGGCAUCCUGUUGUUGCCUCUGCCACCUGUGGGCACAGCCCCCAGCGCCUUUGCGCAGCCCAGGGCCCCCCUGGGCCCCGACUCUGCCUCCUCUGCAACCAGGCAUCUCCUGCCACUGCCCACCCUGCAGCCUACCUCACUGACCCGGCAGGCGAAGCCACCUGCUGGCACUCAGGGCCUGUGCCCAAUGCCACCCUAACCCUGGCACUGGGGGGACGCUUUGAGGUGCUAUAUGUGGCAAUACGGUUCUGCACCCCACGGCCCCACUCCAUGGCCAUCUACAAAUCCAUGGACUACGGGCGCAGCUGGAUACCCUUCCAGUUCUUCUCCAGGCGUUGCCGCAGCACCUAUGGGCAGCCCCCAGCCUUGGCCGUCCUCAAGGGCAUGGAGCAUGAGGCUACCUGCACUGAUGGCCAGACUAGCCCCAACCCACCAACUAGGGGGCUUGUGGCCUUCAUGCCCCUGGCUGGGCGCCCUUCAGCUAGCGCUUUUGAGUACAGCCCAGUGCUCCAGGACUGGGUGAUGGCCACUGACCUGCGGAUGACGCUGGAUCGCCGGCACCGGGCACGGGAGCUGGGGGUCCGUGGACGGGAGGCCUCCUAUGGGGUGUCCGAGUUGCAGGUGGGGGGACGGUGCCAGUGCAAUGGGCAUGCCUCUCACUGCCAUGUGCCCAGCAGGGAUGGGGCCCCCCAGUGUCAGUGUCAACAUGACACAACUGGCCCCGAGUGCGAGACAUGCCGCGCCUUUUACCGUGACCGGCCCUGGCAGAGGGCAACACCAAGCGAUGCCCACGAGUGUGUUACCUGUCAGUGCCACCAGCACUCCCACCGGUGCCGCUUCAGUAUGGAGCUGUAUGAGCUGUCGGGCCGCAAGAGUGGGGGGGUGUGCCUGCACUGCCGGCACCACACGACUGGGCGGCACUGCCACUACUGCCAGCCAGGCUUCUGGCGUGACCCACGCCGUCCCCUCACCAGCCACAAGGCCUGCAAGGCCUGCCAGUGCCAUCCCAUUGGCGCAGUCAGCAACUUCUGCAACCAGACAACCGGGCAGUGCCAGUGCAAAGUAGGUGUCGCUGGGCUCACCUGCAACCGUUGUGCUCAAGGCUUCCAGCAGAGCCGCUCCGCCCUCAUGCCCUGUGUCCGCAUUCAGGAGGUGCUGACCACUACACCUGCCUACCCCCUGGAGUGGAACCCAGGUACUGAAUGCAGGAGCCACUGCACUCCGUCCCAUGGCCGUAUCCGCAUGAACCUGAGGAAUUACUGCAAAAAGGACUAUGUGCUGCACGCCCAGAUCACGGCUGCAGAGGAGUCGGGUGAGUGGCAGAAGUUCACGGCCUUGGUGCUGGCCGUAUACCUGCAGCGAAGUGUGCCGAUCCGCCGGGGCGAGCACCCGCUCUGGGUGCCCCAGCAAGACCUGGCCUGCGACUGCUUGCGGCUCCAGGUGGACAAGGCCUACCUGGUCAUCGGCAAUGACGCAGAGUCCCCCGACCCUGCGCGUCUGGUGCUGGACAGGAACAGCCUGGCACUGCCCUGGCGGGAUGCCUGGGCACACAAGUUGCGGAGCUUCCAGCAGCAGAACCGGCGGGGGCAGUGUCGGGUGCCCUGACACCGCCGGCCCCUCCAGACACCCCUGCGGCCUGGGGGAGCGGCCAUCGCAGGAGACCUGGGGGUGGGGAGCAGGGGCGCUUGGGGCAGGGCCCCAGGCCGGUACCGGGGGCUGGCUGUCUUCCAGCAGCCAGGACGCGCUUUGGGGCAGGGCCCCAUGCCAGGUACUGGGGGCUGGCUGUCUUCCAGCAGCCAGGACUUUGGCUCCUUGAGGAUCUCCCGCCACUGCUGCAGCCCAGGAGGCAGCAGAGACCAAAGAGCCGGCCAGCGGGGCCCCGGCGGCCGCCUCCAGCGAGCACUGAAUAAAAUGGAGAUUACUGUA